UGUAGCGAAGAUAAACCAAAAUGUGAGUAUUGUUCUCAUACAGGCAAGGAUUGUGAAUACCCUGAUGUAAUCAGAUUAAUGAUGGAUACCAAUGAAAAAAGAUUAAGAUCAAUACAAUUAAAACGACAACAGAUAUCAGAUCAAGAUGAAAAUGAUGAUGCUAUACCUACAUCACGUAUGUUGGAACGAAUGACAUCAGGAUUUGUCCCUAUUAAAAACGAACAAGACUUUUUCCAUUUAACUAAUGAUUUAAUCUUAAUUCAAUCCACUACUCAAUUAGGUAUAUCUAAAUUUGAAUUAAGAUUACUUAAAUUCUUUAAUAGUAGUUGUGUCAAUAUCUUUUCUUAUGGGGAGUUGAAUCCAGAUAUUCAUCGUAUUUGGACAACUCAUGUCCCCAAAUUAUUCGUUCAAAGUGAAUUAUUAAGAAAAUCAAUAUAUUCAUUUGCUUGUAUUUGUUUAUUCCCAUUAUGUGAUUUAGCAGAUUUAUGUGUCAAAGAUGAUGCUGAAAGUGAUAUUAAAUUUAGUGAUAAAUAUGGUUCAAUCAUUUAUGAUCCAAAAAAGAAAGCUUUAAAAUCAAAACCUUUGCCAAAGGAACUUGCAAAUUCAUUAUAUGUCCGAACUACUGAUUAUUUCUUGGAUGCAGUGGCAACCAAAAAUGAUAUCUUGACCAAACAACUGCAAUUACAUACCGAUGAACCAAUGUAUGGUCCAUUUAUGAUGGAUUCAGUUACCGCUAAUGAAUUAGCCAUCACAUCAGUAAUAAUAUUUUCUUUCCUAGGGGUUCAUCCUCAUAGAUUAUUACCAUUAAUAAGUUUUGAAGGUGAGGCAGAUUUUCUAUCAAUCAGUAAAGGAGUUUGUACCACUAUUGUAGCUACUGCUCCUCUUGUUAGAAAUAGUGUUUAUGGUGCUAUGUUUGAUUAUGAUGGAAAUCGAAUAACUCCUCCAUUAAAGAAAACAAAUUAUAGAUUAAUUCUUACCUUAAAAGAUGAUCUUGAAUUCGAAUACUCAUGCAAAGACUUUAACUCAACCACAGCAGAAGAAUAUCAAAUCCUUCAAGAUUCAGUAAUGCUUCUACAUUCUUGUAUUCAUCGAGCAGUUACUAAGAAAUAUCCUGUCCCAGUCUAUAAAUGGAUUAUAUUAUUGGAAGGCGAUUUCCAUCGUUUGGUAUAUAAACAAACCUACUUCGCAUUGAGAAUGGUAUAUAUCCAUGCUUGUUUGAUGGCCUUGACCCGAUUUCAUGUCUUUAAUGAAGCAAAUCUUUGGGUAGAUUAUAUGAAUUGGUUUAAACGUUAUAACGUCAAAUUGUUUAAUGGUUGGAAAUACGAAACAGAUCAAAGUUUAUAUACUCUCAUAUUUGAUAAACAAUAUCUGUUUGGUAGAAGGUCGUAUGCUACUUUAGGUGAGUUUGAUCCUGAUUUCUUAGCUAGUAUUUUAUAG